AUGUUAUAUACGUACAGCUGGGUGGGGUGUAACAUUUCAACAUGGUCUAAAACCACGCCUGGACCUGGAAACAUAGUGGGCGGACAGAGAAAGGUUAUGAACAAACGGCCUACAGGUGCCUCUGAGGCUAAUAGACAGCGACAACCUAUCGGAGCCGGAGGACUGUAUCGAUUGUUCAAAGAUGAGGCAACUGGACUUAAAAUGGGCCCUCAGACCAUUCUAAUCACUGCUUUGGCCUAUAUCGGUGUUGUCGUUGUGCUACACAUAUUGUCACGCAUCAAUAAUGCUUUCUAG